CUCGCCGUUCGCCUGGUGGUACGCACUAUAUUCCGACCUGGGUAUAAUUACACGUCGUCGGUCGGCUACUCCAACCAAACUGUUCAAUUACUGCUUUGGACCAUGAUCGACAGAUGUGUCUUCAUGUUCCAGAUAUGUGAUUAUUGUCGUCGAUAUCUUUCGUUAAACGAUCCGUUGUAACAAUUACAUCCCGGCUUUAUGUAAACUGGGCAAAUAGCUAUAUCAGCUUAGUUAUUCAAGAUGAGCAACGAACCUCCGAGGACACCUCACGUCUGCGUUGUAGGGGCUGGAGUUUCCGGGCUCCGGUGUGCUGAUAUUCUACUAUCUCAUGGGUUCAAAGUGACCAUUCUCGAAGGCAGGGACAGAAUAGGCGGUCGGAUAUGUCAAUCUGAUGAGCUCGGGUACACGGUCGACUUGGGCGCAAACUGGAUCCACACCUGGGACUCGGGUCAGGUUCAUCCUAUCUGGAAGCUGGCAGUCGAGACCGAAACCCCGAUUCACCACUGGAAUACCAAGCAGCUCAUCUAUGACAGCUCGGGAAAGCCCUUACCGGAUGAGAAGACGGAAAGGCUGUCCACGCUGCUCUGGAAAAUUAUCGAGGAGGCAUUCGAAUUUAGUAUCAAAGCUCGCGAUGUGGAUGGCGGUCAGAGCAUUUCUAAAGAAGACUCACUUCACGACUUCAUCCGGAAAAGAGCAGAAUCUGAGUUAGAGGACGAAAAGGAAAGACGGACACUAUUGCAAAUGAGCGAGAUGUGGGGUGCUUAUGUUGGAGAGCCUGUGUGGAAGCAGAGCUUGAGGUUUGCGUGGAUGGAGGAAUGCUGUGGCGGAGAGGAGAUGUUCGUCUCGUCAAACUACUCUGCCAUUUUGGAUAGGAUUUCCCUGCCGGCAAGGGACGGGGCAAGCAUCAUGUUCGGCAAGAAGGUAUCCAUGAUAGAGACCCCAGCGAACAGGAAUUCUGCUGGCCCAGUGGUCGUGACCACGGACGACGGGACGAAACUCUGGUUCGACGAAGUAGUCAUGACCACGCCUUUGGGAUGGCUGCAGAAGCACCUCGGCAGUUUUAGUCCGCCUCUGCCCAGCCGGUUAGAGCUCGCCAUCAAAAAUCUGAAACUCUCUCAGCUUGAGAAAGUGUUUAUUACUUUCCCCUCGGCCUUCUGGAUAUCUGACAACACAAGUGACUCAUUUCCGAGUUAUACCAACUGGCUAAGUCCGCAAUAUGCAAAAGAUACAAAUCCGGACGGUUGGCCGCAAGAGAUCUGGAAUCUGGCAUCCUUCGCGGAUCCUAAUAGUCAUCCCACAAUCCUUUUCUACCUCUACGGCGAUUGCUCACGGUAUAUAGUUGAUGCAAUACACGGCAAGUCAAAACCAGAGAAGGACAAGUUUGUGGAUGCGUUCUUUUACCCCUAUUACUCACGACUGCCUGGUUUCGAUCCAAACAGCACAAAUUGCGUACCAAAAGCAAUAUUGGCUUCAGAGUGGUUGAAGAGCGAGCUUAAUGGCUACGGCAGUUAUUGUAAUUUCCAAGUAGGUGUCGAAGAAGCAGACAAGGACGUUGAAACGAUCAGGAACGGAUGUGUUGAGAGGAGGUUGUGGUUCUGCGGUGAACAUGCGGCGCCUUUUGAGGAGUGUGGCACUGUUGCUGGCGCAUAUCUAUCCGGUGAAUCUGUAGGCAGGCGUAUUACUGAGCUGUACGAUAGUACGUAGUAGUUCCUAAUGACUCUGAGAAUCACAAGCAGU